UUCUUCCAGCCUCAUGUUCUCCCCGUAUUCGGCGGAAGAAUUCGAGGUCCCCGAAUCGACGCUUCGACCAUGCGAUUUUGACCUAUGAUUCGACACAGUGUGAUUGCAAACCGCGUGUGUCUUUCACCAUGUCUUCUCCCCCGACCUCAAAGCGAAUCAAGACGUCGGCCACCACCAGCGCUCCGCCUCACAUGCUCGCUCAACAACAAAUCCAUCCUUUUCAUCGCGUGCCGACAUUUGAAGGCAUUCCUAUUCCUACUGCGCCGAUACCUACUCAACAACAGCACGGGACUUCGCGCAAGCGCCCACCUUCCCCCGCGACAGGAUCGUCUAUGAUAGCUGGCUCCGUGAAUCAGGUGGGCGGCGCAAUCGAGGGCGACCCGAACGCCUUUGCCCAAGUUGAGUCUACACCCAAGAAGAAGGGACGGACGAAUACGCCAUGGACCGCCGAGGAGGAGCAACGGCUGAAGACCAUGCGCGAUGCAGGCCGAAGCUGGUCCGAGAUCGCAAAGACUUUCCCAACCCGUACCGAGGGUAGUGUCAAGAAGCACUGGUACAAGGACAUGCACUACGCCGAAUUUGCCGAAGACGAGUCUAUGAAACUUCGUGAGGCAAUCAAAGAGUACGAGGCAAACAAGUGGAAAGUAAUCGGUCAGAAAGUCGGCAAGCCUGCCAAAGCCUGCGAACAAUAUGCCAAAGAGCAUUUCAAGAACGUCUGACCCUUAUGACGCCUCUGAUGAAGUGAUGAUCUCGUUUUCUUAGCAUCUUUUUACGAAGUUGGCAUUCUCUUCCGGAUUCCCGUUCCAGAGCGACGCAAGUUUUAUCUAUGGCCGGAGGCCACUG